CCGGCAGUGCUUCCGCGUUGAAACGAGCGGUGGUACGCUGUAACCGUGGAAUGACGGUGUGCUGCGGCAAUGGACGGCGGAGCUGUGAAGGCGAUCCUGUUUGACUUGGACAACACACUCAUUGAAACAAGCCGGGCAGGUGGAGUGGCGAUACGGAAGGUGACGCGUGGAAAUGUUUCUCCUGCGACCAGUGAACUUCUGAGGACCACCCUGGGCCUCGAUGACAGUGCCAUCAGCAGCAUUUGUGACAAGUUCAAGGAGAAGCUUUUCCAUGAGACUUUUGACCCCGCCGCUGGCAGAUCCAUAGACGAUGUCCGAGUGGGUCACUGGGAGGAGAGCAUCCAGGAGGCUUUGGGCCGCGGUGCCACGCGCCCUCUGGCAGCUCAGUGCUACUCCCUGUGGAAGAACAGUCGCCUGGAGGCUCUCAGUCUGUCCCCCCAAAUAAGCGGCCUCCUGAAACGACUGCGCAGCAGGUACAAGCUGCUGCUGCUGAGCAACGGGGAAGCUCAGACCCAGAGAGAGAAAGUGGAGGCAGUCGGAUGUGAGGAGUUCUUUGACGCCAUUGUGAUCGGGGGAGAACAUGCGGAGCAGAAACCGUUCCUCUCCAUAUUCACCUUGUGUUUCAACAUGCUGGGGGUGGGGGCCCAGGACUGUGUUAUGGUUGGAGACUCUAUGGACACAGAUAUUCGAGGGGGCUUUAAUGCCGGUGUACGGGCUACUGUCUGGAUCAGCAGUGCAGGAGGUGCUGUGCCAGACGGUUCGGUGAAACCAGACUACACUAUCCCUACUGUGUUAGAUCUGCCACAUAUUCUGGCACAGCUGAAUUAAGGACAACUGGUGACUGAUGUUUAAAGAUGAAUGUCGUGAUCUAAACUGAAAUGUCCUUCAGCAGGGGUACUUUACUUGUGUUACUUGUUUUAAGCAUUCUGUUAGGGAUUUCAUACAUGUAUAACAUAUUGUUAUUUUUUAACUACAUGAAGUCCAUAGUAAAAUCUGGUCAGCGCAGAUGUGGGCACUCAGGUAUCAACUAUUUAUUCACACAGUGGUAGAAAGUAACUAAAUACAUUUACUCAAGUACCGUCCUUACAGUCCUGGUUGAAAUUAUUGGUACCCCUGAAUUUUAAGUACAGAAUUCAGAAUAUCUUUAGAAGUAAGUGCAAAUUAACCAAUUUGUAUCACCAAAAUAUGUUCAUAAAACGUCCAAAGUUACUGAACAACAACAACGAAAAUUAUUUAAUAUGAAUUCAAGAAGCUUCUAGAUGGCUACAAGAAAGCUGUAGAGGCCGUCAUUGCUGCCAAAGGUUCUGCAAUCAAAUAUGAGUGAAGGGUGACAAUAAUUGUGUCUGGGGCUCAUUUUGUGUUUGUAUUAUUUCACUAGUGUUGAAAAAAAAUUUUUUUUUUUUUUGUUCAGUAACU